ACUUUCUCAACAACACAACCUUUGUCCUACCUGAUGAGGAUUUGAUGCCCGCCUCUGCCUUGUUGCUCAGCAACCAGGGACGCUGUGAGUCACAAUGUGGGACGCAAUUAUUGUGUAAUGGAAGGAGGCUACAUCCAAUCACAAAAGAGAACUGUACUCACUGUCAUUGUUACGUCCAAUACGGUUCUAUGGUAGGCGUGAGAGAUUAGAACCAAAUUGAACCAAUUUCUAAAAUAAGGUUAGAAAUGGCAUUGGAAUAAGAAACAACCGAGAUUGAGUAGCAACGAAAAGGUGUUGAAAAUUAACUGUGUAGGGAACAUUUCAUUCUAAUUUACAAACACUUUAUUUAGUACAGAAGAAUCAGAGUAUUUUUGUUCUAUAAUUUUACAUUUAAAAAAAAAAUAGCGUUCGAUCCUGUCGUUUUUUUCAUCUUAUGUUGUUUAAUUGAAUCAUUCUGGCGUUUAAUUUUUACAAACUAAGAUGGCAAUAUUGGAAGAAGAUAUAUCUUUCAUAUCCCUCGUAAAUACUUUUUAAUAACAUCAACUCAAAAGUAGUGUGAGACAAAAUGUCAGCUGACAUUAGUUUGUUCGAUUUGGUGAACCUGUCGAUCGGGACACCUGAAGUUGGAGCUGUCAACUUCAAUGCGUUGCAUACCCUCCUCCACGCUAUCCUGGGACACCUGAAAAUCCAAAAUGUGACCACCGGCUGGAGAGAGCAGGAUACCCCGCCACAGGAGCCCCAUGGCACUGUGGCGCAUCUGACCAAGUCCUCUAGCCCGUACCAUCACAUGGAAGACAAACUUCGGCAGAUAGAGAGACAGAUGGCCGCGCUGGAGAAGCUUCCUAGCGGUACAGAUCUUCUGAGCCGCACUGCCUCAACCACAACACCGGUCAACGACUUGUGGCAGCUAAUGCAGCUUCGCAGCAAGGCUCAGGCGAGUGAGGACGGCGUGUCCAAGUCUAUGUCGCUGAUCCAGGAUCUGCUGAAGGAGAUCCAGGACCUGAAGGAGUCCAGAGACGACCUGAAGAAAGAGGUCAAGAGCCUCCAGAACCAACUCAACCAGCUGAAUAUGAGUGAGCUGGUUGACAGAAUCAACGAAGUGGAACAGUACUGCCACCGACUGGACAACCUGGACUCUGCCACCAAAGAGCUGCAGGACAGAGUUGGGCGUUACCCAGACCCAGACGAGCUCAUCCAGUGUGUAACCUGGGACAUCAUGCAGACCACCUUGGUUAGCGAGCAACAGAAUCUGCAAAAGGAAAUCAGGCACUCAGUCCCUGUCCCCACAUCAGUUGUCAUGACCACCAUGACUCCUUUCAGCGCCUCAGUCAAUGCCAACACUGGAGCUGCUGCCUUCACUCCUGUUACUGUCAGUGUCAGCCAGCAUGGGGGGGCACUGCCCCAGCAGUCCCUCUCUGAUGGAGCUGCUGCCUUCACUCCUGGCACUGUCACUGUCAGCCAGUAUGGGGGGGCGCUGCCCCAGCAGUCCCUCUCUGAUGGAGCUGCUGCCUUCACUCCUGUUACUGUCACUGCCAGCCAGCAUGGGGGGGCACUGCCCCAGCAGUCCCUCUCUGAUGGAGCUGCUGCCUUCACUCCUGUUACUGUCACUGCCAGCCAGCAUGGGGGGGCGCUGCCCCAGCAGUCCCUCUCUGAUGGAGCUGCUGCCUUUACUCCUGUUACUGUCACUGCCAGCCAGCAUGGGGGGGCGCUGCCCCAGCAGUCCCUCUCUGAUGUGGCUGCUGCCUGUACUCCUGGCACUGUCACUGUCAGCCAGCAUGGGGGGGCGCUGCCCCAGCAGUCCCUCUCUGAUGGAGCUCUGAUGGUGGGCAGAAAACCCCUGUCUCGUGUGGCCAGCGGGGCAGAGCGUUACCCAGAGACAGUGGAGGCCCUGAGGGACGUGGGCAGGCUCAGGGAGAGACACAACACCCUGGAGACCAGAGUAGAGCUGCUGGAAGCAGGCAAGGCCGACCAGGCCCAGCUCCAGCACCUCCGGGAGCUCCUCACUGACAUGGGUGACAGGGAUGUGCCAGACAAACUGUUGGAUCAACUGAAUCAUCUGAGAGUUCUGGUCGACAGCCUGAUGGGUGACAGAGCCAAGCUGGGAGAACUGGAGCAGCUGAUUCUGAACAUAGGGACAGUUCAGGGCUCAGAGGGAGGCUCAGAAACAGCCAAAGGGUCAGACAGUGAGGACUCCUCUGACUCUCCUAAUCAAGGACUGCUCAGACUGCAGAUAUUAUACCUCAGGAACGCAGUGCAGAAAGUGGAGGAAGAGGUGCUACUGCUGAAGACUGAGAACACCUCAGCCAAGGCUGAGCAGAAGACCAAGAAAGACAGACAGCUACAGGAUCAGAUGGACAACCUGCGAGGCAUGCUGGAGGACAUGAUGGCGUCCUCCUCCUCGCUGCUCUCCCAGAGCCUCCAGCAGGAGCCCCAGGGAUCAGAGCAGGCAGGCGGGCAGCAAGGCUCCACGUGCCCCUCCUGCUCUGUAGAUGUGAGCAGGAAGGUCAGCCAGCUGUUCCAGCGCUAUGAGAAUCUCCAGGGCCUGGUUAGCAGAUUCAUGAAUCAGCAGGGAGGAGGCAGACCUGGAGCAGAGAGCUCGGAGCUGAUGAAUGACGUUCAGGGAGCCAUCAUGCAGCUGCAGGCUGAGUGUGAGAAGCUCCACGGCACAGCCAACCACCUGAUUGAGGAGCACAGCCAGAAACAGGUCCACAUCGACCAUCUGUACAAGUCCAUGGAAGAACUGGACGAGAAGAAAGCUGACAAAGAGCUUGUGGAGAUGGAGAUUGAAAUCAAAGCAGACAAGCGUGCCCUGGACACCAAGGUGAGUCGCAUGCAGUUUGACUCCAUGACAGAGGAGCUCAACACCAUGUUCCAGGAGCUGCUCAGCAAGAUCACCGGCCAGGAGCAGGACUGGCACAAAAUCAUCGACAAAAUCUCCACCGAGAUGGAGUGCAAGCUGGACCGGAUUGAGCUGGAUCCUGUGAAGAAGCAGCUAGAGGACCGCUGGAAGAGCAUCCGUAAGCAGCUGCAGGCCCAGCCUGCCCCGAAGGAGGACGACGCUGCAGGCAUCAGGAAACAACUUGUGGCAAGGUUCCACUGCAUCUCCUGCGACCGCCCAGUCGAUAUGCUUACCCCAGGACCGCACUUGGUCACCGUGCCCUCCACUCCUGGCCUACCCUCCCACAAGUCCAACCGACCGUACACCAUCUAUGAGCUUGAGCAGGUUCGCCAGCACUGCAGAAGCCUGAGGCCAGGGACCAACCACAGCCACUUUGAGAUGGCCAGCUCCGAAAGGGCCAUGAUGCAGGUGCAGAGGAUCCACACCAUGAUGUGUAGGCAGAUAGAGAGAGUGCAGAGCCAUCUAGUUGGCCCAGAGCGCACCUACAGCCAGGGGGCUCUGAGGGAGAUCGGGUCCUCCCGCUAUCCACACAUCCUGAGCCCGCUGCAGAGGACCAGCCAGAGUCUGCCCAAGCACGAGCGCAUCCCAGAGAUGGCGGACUACAGUUACCUGGCCAUGUCCCGGAGCUGUGGAGGCAGCCACACCGUGACCUACCCCAACCGCCGCUACACCCGCCUGCAGCACAUCAGCCACUUCAUCCAGGCUGAGGAGGAGACACCGCCCAUCUCCAGCUCCCCACUGCGCAUUCAGCCGGAGGAGGUGGACAUCCUGGGAUUGGACGGACAUAUCUACAAGGGCCGCCUGAAAACCAGAUUGGUCAAGACUGUGGAUGCCAGACUACCCACCAUCUUUCCUAAAGACGCAGGCAUGUGCAAGAGCAAAGACAAGAUCAUGCGCUCCCAGUUCCAGAAGCCUGGCUGCACAGAGCCGGGCUGUGUGACCCCUGUGCGACCCCAGAGUGCCAAGACCCAGCGCAGCCGCUCAGGCAGCUCUGUGCGGGACCGGCCCAUGUCUUCUUUAGGCUGCCUGUCCCAGGCUACCCUUCCCCAGAGCUCGUCCCAUGCUGACACCACCAGCGAGCUGCUGCAGCAAGAUCUGGAGCUUCACGUGGACCUGAGCCAGUCAGAGGAAGAGCCUGUCAUCAUCCUGUAGGGGGCGAUGGAGAGCCCCACACACCUUAUUUUAAUAAACCGUUUACAGCAGCAGCA